GGUCUUACCGGGGAAUUGUACCUGGUUGAAUGUAAACCCUACUUUAUGGCAUCAUGUUGUCAUUAUGGCAAGAAAUGUAAACAAACAAGGGACGUCAAACUUUUGCUUCAAACUUAUAUUACUUGGAGAUUAUAAUGUGGGAAAAACGUCUAUAUUUUGUCGUUUUGGAGAAAACGAAUUCAAAGAAAAUACGAAUCUGACAGUUGGAACUGAUAAUCGCAAAAAAAUAAUUGAAGUCGGUGGACAAAAUGUUACCCUUAUACUUUGGGAUACUGUUGGGACUGAGCGAUUUCGAACUCUUACAAGAAACUAUUUUAGGAAUGCUCAUGCUUGUCUUCUUGUAUUCAGCUGUGAUGAGCCAGAUACUCUCACGAGCUUAAGUCAGUGGGUCGUGGAUGCUGAUAAUUUUGCAGAAAAAUCUCUGAAAGUGUUGAUUGGAAAUAAAACUGACUUAAAAUGUUCCACUGCUCAAGAGAAAGUAAAUGCUUUUGCCCAUCAUCAUGACUGUGAUAUAGUUUUCAAUGUUUCAGCAAAGACAGGUGAAGGAAUCACUGAAAUGUUUCAAACAAUAGCAAGAAAGCUCAUGCAGCAGAAUAAUCAACUCCAGCUCCAAAAGAAUCAACCUCUUUUUGAGAAAGAUAUCCAUCAAUUGAAUUCAGAGGAAGUAAAACUUAACUGUUGCUGAAACAAUCAAUAUACCAGAUUUAUCCAUUGUCGGACAACUUCAAAGAAAUUAUUAUUGCUAUCUCAAUCCUGUCCAGUGAUGCAAUAUCAGAUUCUGAUAUAUCUGAUCCUAAAGAUGAUGAAAAGUAGUCACCCAACUUACUGUCGGAUAUUUCUUUUCGAAAGAAAAUUGGAAAUCUACUUUUCAUGACAAAGAAAAGAAAGACCCUUUCAAACAUAUUUUGAGUGAACUAUAGAUUUUAACUGUUUCCUUUGCAGUAAAAUCCUCUACACGUUUGUAAAGCAUAUAUAUAUAUACUUAUAUACAUAGUAUAGUUGAGGGAUUAAUAUCAAAAAUUCUGCUUUACACUUUAAACCAUCUAUUAUAAUACUAUAUAUGCAUGAUACAAUCUUUCAUUUUUACUUCUAUGAAAAUUAAAAUCUUCAAUUUAUUCCUUGAAAGUUUUGAACAAAACUAUCACAUAUCAAAACUUAUUUUCAGUUGUUUACCCCAAAUUAUAUAUAUAUAUAUAUAUUUUAGUUCUCUGUCUGUCAGUUUAUUUGUUUGUUUUUACUAUUAGCUUUGUUCAUUCCAUCAACAGUUUCUAUUCAUUUCAUUUUGAACAAAUGUGAUUUAUUAACACGAAUCUCACUGGAAAUUCUUCCCCCCCUUCAGUAAUAUGUUUUUACAAUAAAUUAUGAAAAUAUAGAUUUCAUCUUGGAUUUGUAUAAAAAGAAUGUAAAUUUUUUGAAAUUUUUGAAAUAAUUUAGAAUAUUUUUCUGUACUACAAAUAAUAAUUACAAUAAUCUAUGCUUUCAUAUAUUAAAAAAUAUAUAUAUUUCUGCUCCUCAUAUCAGUUUUAAAAUAUUAAGCAUUGUUAAUUUUAUCUAACUCGAACAGAAAUUGAACCAAGACUUUUACUUACAGUUCUGUUUCAACUUAAUAACCCUUUAAAAUUUGAAAAUAUUCUGUGGGAUUACCUCCCCCUGCCCCCUUGAAAAGUGGAACUCAUGAAAACAUCAGUUAUUGGCUUAUGAUGUUUUUAGAAAUUGGGAAUGUUCUUAUUUUUAAAAUACAUCUCAUACUAAUACCAUAUAAAAUAAAAAAGGAUAAAGUUUAAUUCUUAUGUCAUUCCUAAUAACUUCAGUAUUGAACAAAGUAUGAUUUCCUUUAGCAUGUAUUGUUGAUUAGACAUUCUUUUAAUUUCUGAAUAUAAUAAGCAAAUAUUUCAAAGAUGCUUGAGCAGAAUAUUUAGAUUAUAAGGAAAACAUAAUUAUGACAAUCAGCAAUUUCUGUUAUAUUUCUUCUUAAUUCUUUUUUUUUAAAGCUAAUUCUUACAAAUCAGUGAUUUAUUUUUGAUUCUUAUAGUUUGAAAGAUCAAAAAUGAACUUGUUAUGAAAAGAUAUUUUAAUGAUCACAUAAUGAUACAUAUGAUUAUGAACUUCGAAUUCCUAAAUACUAUUAUAAAAGUCAGAUAAAACUAAACAAGUAGCUUUGACACAUUUAUUUUCAGCUACAAUUUACCCUGAAAUAUUAGUGAAAAACCGAUUUGAUUAUUAAUAUCAAACUGUUUAUAAUAACUGUAAUUCCUACUGUACACAGAAGAGAUAUUUAAAUAUGUAUUGUUUGUUGACCAAAACAAAAAUGUCAAAUUUUAAAAGAAUACAGAAAGUGAUGCAGUGAAAUAAUUUGUUAUACUGAUGCAUUUUUGCUCUCUAAAUAUAUGAAUGAUUUAUUAGAUAAAUACUGAAGUUUUUAAUAAUAAAGCAUCAAAACAUUUUUCAUACCUAUCCAUAAAUUAGAUCUAAAUCAAUAAAAUGCAUUAAGUUUGCUUUAUGUCUAAUGAAACUUAUCUUUCUAUUUUUUAUAUGCUGGAUUAGAAAAAAAAAAUUAGUGAAUUAUGUACUUUAAGUGGUAGCUUAUAUAUUUAAAUACUUCAUCAUUAAUAAUACAAAAUCUUUAUUUAGGUAUAAUUUGACUAGAAUAGAAUGGUAUUCAAUUUCUUAAAUAAAAUUAUCAUUAACAAACUGCAAUGUUUACUUUUAAGUUUUUAACAAUUUUAUCAAGCAAAAUUUGAAAAAAUGUUUAGUGGCAGCUAUGACUUUUUCAGAUCAGAAUGCUUUGCAGUGAUAUUACACAAAUAUGUAUUUAUUUUUAUAGCUUUCUGUAUAUUUUUUUUGUAAGUAUUUGUAUGAAAUUUUAGACUGUGCAUUGUUGAAUAUAAAGCACAGAAGAUAUUCAGUUCAUCAAAAUACAUAUUAUAAAUACAGUACACUCCCGAUUAUCCGCGGAAUUGGGUGGCACGGCCGCCGCGGAUAACAAAAAUCGCGGAUAAUCCGAAAAAAGCUAAAAACGGGUAUAGCAAAAGAGAAAACAGCCAUUCCAACUUUGAAAAAUCGUUUUAUGUACUAUAAAACGUAAAAUAAACAGCAGGAAAUGUUUCACUAACGCUUAAUAUUUUAGUAUAUCACUCAAAACGAACCUAAAAUGCAUUUUGUUAAUGAAAACAGAAAAGUGCUUUGUACUUACGAGAGGCGUCAAGGAUACGCAGAAAAAUUAAUACAUAUGUACUGUUUUAAUACUAUAAUGCAUUAUGUAAUUACAAAAGCAUAACUGUAAAACUACACCUUUUUGAAGAAAUCAGUCAUUUGUGUUUGCUUCUUGCUUUGGAAGCAUUUUCUCUUUGCUUGGAAGCAAAAAAAAAAAACUUAGUGCGGCAGGCGCGGAUAACCCGCCCGCGGAUAAUCGGGAGUCUACUGUAGUAUUCAAAAUCAAUCAUAUUGAAACUGUCUAAAUAUUUUAAUUCAAGAAAUAACCAGAACCUUAAAGAUCUGAUAGGUAUGGGAGUUCUGAACAAAACUUUCUGGAAAGAAUCCAUCAGCUUUUGAUGCUGUAGAAUGCCUUUAUUGAGAGGAGCCAAUCAAUGGUAAACAAAAUUUUUUCAAAGAUAUUCUGAUUGACUGGAUAUUUUCUCUAAAAACUUUGUAAAUUAUAAGAAUUGCCAUUUGUUUUCUGCAUUUCAUUUAAACAUUUGCAUUAAGUAUUAUGUUGUAGCAUUUAUUGUGAUGUAAAUACAUUUAAUUUGAAUGGAUAGUUUUAAUAAAGAAAUUGAUGCU